AUGAAGUGGGGCUACCUCGCAGGCUUCGCAGGCCUCUCCAAGGCCGUGCUCGGAGCGUUUGUGAACGACCCGGUCGAGGAAACGCCGACGGUCGCGUCCCAUAAGCACACCUUUCAGUAUCGCAAUCAGACCGUGGAGGCCACCUUGAACAUCCAAAGCCCGUCUGGGCUCUGCGACCCCUCUGUCAAGCAGCACAGCGGCUACUUCACGUUCGGGAAGGACAAGAAGCAGUACUUUUUUUGGAUGUUCGAGAGCCGCAGCGACCCUGCCAACGAUCCGAUGGUCAUGUGGCUGACAGGUGGGCCUGGCUGCUCUUCGAUGACGGGGCUAUUGUUUGAGAAUGGCCCGUGCAAGGUGAAUACGGACGGAAAGUCGACAACGCUGAACCCGUAUUCGUGGACCACAAAGGCCAACGUCAUGUGGGUUGACCAGCCGCCAGGGACCGGUUUCUCGAAGGGCGCAUCAGAUUUUGGAGAAGAUGGUGUCGCGGAGGACAUGUAUCCAGAGUUCUUGCAGGUGUUCUUCAAAGCGAAGCCAGAGUACAACAAGAGAUUCUUCGUCACUGGUGAGAGCUACGCUGGCCAUUACAUCCCUGCCGUGACCCACCGGAUAUUCGAGGGGAACUCGAAGCUGCAGGAAGGGGACGUCAAGAUUGAUCUGAGGGGCAUGGGCAUUGGCAACGGCCUUACCGACCCGCAGGAGCAGUACAAGUGGUACCAGGAGUACAUGUGCACCGGCGCCGGCCACGCAACCCCUCCGAUCAACAGCAGCGCCGAGUGCACGGCCCUGAAAGCCGCCACCGUGGCGUGCGAGGCCACCCUGAAGGCUUGCAACUCGGGCGUGCCAGUGGCGGCCAAGGCAGGCUGCGGCGCGGCCAUGGAGGUGUGCGGCUUGGGCUUCCAGGGUCCGUACAUGGCCACCGGCCUGAAUCCUUACGAUGUGCGCAUCAAGUGCGACAAGCCGCCUCUCUGCUACGACAUGUCCAACGACGUCAGCUACCUGAACGACAAGGACGUGCAGAGGCAGCUCGGCGUCGACAUGCCCUUCCAGAGCUGCAACUUCGUCGUCAACAAGGCCUUCUCCCUGGACUUCAUGAAGAACUACCACAUGCUCAUCCCGCCGAUGCUCGCAGCUGGCAUCGACGUCCUCAUCUAUGCCGGCGACCAGGACUUCGUCUGCAAUUGGCUCGGCAACGAGAAAUGGGUCCAGGCGCUGGACUGGGAUCACAGUAAGGAGUUCAACGCUGCAGCGAAGACGCCCUAUAAGGUCUCCGGGAAAGAGGUCGGCGAGCUCCAGAGUUUCGCAAAUUUACACUUUUUGCGCGUCGCUCAGGCUGGACACAUGGUCCCUCUGGACCAGCCGGAGGCGGCGCUUGGCAUGGUGAACGACCUCUUGGCUGGCGCAUUCCUGAAGUCCGAGCUCGAGGUGGUGGUGUGA